AUGGGCUUGCAUUACGCUGUGCUGUUCGCGUGUGUCAUCGCAACUACGGUGUGGCCUACGAUGGAGGCCUGGACACCCAGCUUUCACUGGACGAAAAAUAUGACCAUAAGAAACCCAAAUAACCGACCGACAUUCAACUACCCAGGACUUGGGCCCCUGCAAGAUGCAUGGAAGGUCCUGGAGGAAACAACGAAAGAUACGUACUUCCUGAUGUUUCGCAGCAGCGAUUUCCCUCAUAAGAAAUGUUUAAACGUAAGAGCAAAUAUCACAGACAAAACCAACAAGACCGCCACUUACAAAAUCGGAUUGUACAAUCCAAAGAAAAAAAUAUACGAGAAUGCCACAAUACAAGUGAGAGCUCUAAGUCAAACUGACUACCCGCUUGAAAACGUUAUACGGGCAAACUUGAAAGGAACACUCCCGAGUGCUACUCCAGUUCCCCCAGGAAGCUACACGUACGUGGAGUGUGAUAACUCCACCUGCUAUUCCAUAGGUACUCCAUUUCCUGAUAGGGGUGUUGCUGCGAAGCCUCAGUCGCGUACAGCAGAAUCUCAUUCAACCGAAAGUAUCCUCGACAGCCUCUUCCGUUCUCAGGAAGAUCCUCAGUAUAUAGACAUGUAUGUGGUAUACAGCGAGCCGCAAUGUUACAUUCUCAGGAGUCCCGCAGCCCUGGGAGGUAAGGACAUUAAAUCUUCAUGA